CUGUCACAAACUGGAAAUAUACCUGUUUACUGGAAUCGCGCACAACUGUCACAAACAUGAUCACCCAUUACGCCGCGCGAGUUAUACUUCUGUAUAAAAGCGUCGCGUCGCUACGGUUUGUCAUAUUCAGUCAUCAGCCGUGAUCGCAAAGUCUUUAGACAACUACAAUUCUGUCGUGUGCAGUUCGUACAGUUUGAUUUUUUUCCCAAGUCUCGUGCAACCAAAAACCAAUACCAUGUUCGCCAAAGUAGCAGUGUGCUUCGCCUGCGUGGCCGUCUUCGCUGCGCAAGCUCAAUACUAUCCUGCGGCCGCGGUGGUGCCCGCGUACCCGGCCGCUGCCGCUUACGAUACCGUCAACCCGAACCCUUCGUACUCGUACAAGUACGGUGUGGCUGACCCGUCCACCGGCGACUACAAGACGGCCGAAGAGAGCCUGUCCAACGGCGUGGUCCAGGGACAGUACAGCCUGGCCGAACCGGACGGUUCCGUCAGGACCGUGACGUACACCGCCGACGACGUAAACGGUUUCGUGGCCCAGGUCAGCAAGGGUGCAAAGGUUAUUGCCGCACCGGCCGCUCCCGUGUACCCAGCCGCUCCAGUGUACGCCGCCCCGGCUGCUCCCGUGUACCCGGCCGCUCCGGUGUACACAGCAGCCCCAGCCAUCUCCUACCCUUACCCGUACAAACGUCAAGCGUGAGUUUGAACACGUCUAAGGAGUUCAUCACUAUCUCUAUCAUGCUGCAUCAUUAAGUUUAACCAAUAAUAUUAUGUAACAACGUCGAUGCAGUUCUUCCAUUAUCGCGUCAUCCACUUCUUGUCCCUCUCUCUCUUUUUUUUUUUUUUACUAUUUCAUAUUAUAUAUUAUUACGUAAUAGUUUUUAUAUAUUUUAUACUUAGUUUCCUAUGUUAUAAUAAACGUUGUGCUUGUAUAUCAA